AUGAUGAGUCCAAUGCCCUCAAACGAAGUUAUUUCAGGCAUAUUCGGCAGCAUCAGCCUGACAGCGUGGAUCACGGUCCUAGUGCCCCAACUUCAUGCCAACUACAAAUCCGGGAGUGCCGAGGGCCUCAGCAUGGCCUUUUUGUUUAUUUGGCUGCUCGGAGAUAUAGCGAACUUUAUCGGUGCCCUUCUCACGCGUCUUGCACCUACUGCUAUUGGGCUGGCCGGCUACUUUUGUAUUGCCGAUCUGAUUCUCAUCUGUCAAUGCUUCUACUACAAGACGGCCAACUGUCGCCCGCAAUCCGUCUCCUCUACGGGAGUAGAUGUCAUCUCAUCUGAGGAGACGCCACUACUGUCCACGACGCAGUUGGCUCAAAGACCCAAAAUGAACCCCUGGGUAUCCAACACGCUGAGCCUGCUUGCAGUUGGUGUUUUGGGAUGUAUUUCAUGGCUUGCUGCUUUCGAAAUGGGCUUUCUGGAUAGCACUGAGACAGAUACUCAAGAUCCAGAGCAAGGCUCUGGCAAGAUGCUGGAGACAGUUGGCAUAACGUUGGGGUAUGGCAGUGCCGUCUGCUACCUAUGUGCUCGUAUCCCGCAAAUCAUCAAGAACUACCGUGAAAAGUCGUGCGAAGGUCUGGCGAUCCUUUUCUUUCUUCUCUCCCUGACUGGAAACGUGACUUAUUUCAUCAGUCUUCUGGCGUACUCUCAGGAAACGAACUACCUCUUGAAUGCCGUCCCGUGGUUCCUCGGAUCUCUCGGCACCGUGGGUGAAGACAUGGUUGUUUUUGCCCAGUUUCGCAAGUACUCUGGCAAUAAGGAAACCUCUACUCUAGCAUAA